GCAAAUGUAAGCUCCAGGGAGCCCCAGAUCUCCCGCAGCUUCUUGUCCAUAGGAGGAAGCCACAGCCUAACCCUGUUGCAUCAGGGCAAUGGCUUUGUUCAGCCAUUUAGCAUAUAGAGAAUGUUAUAAACAUUUUAGAAUGCAUAUAAAGCAUUAUAGAAAGCAUUAAUUAUAUAUAUGUUAUCCCCCUAGUGUACCUCAAAAUCUGUCCAUUGCGAAUAUAUUGCUUUGACCUGGAGAAGCACACAGUGAGUUUGUCAAAGUGAUUCAACAAUUUGCAGUGCCUCCAGGGAUACUGCAAAACAUUAAUAGAAGUGUGUGUGUAAGUGUAUAUAGACCCACCAGGAUUCUUCUUGCUCGUGUUUAAUAGUUUUGCUGUAUUUAUGACUAUUACAGAGCAUAGCCCGGGUCCCAACAGCUCAUGGUGGGAUGUGGAACAUGAACUGCUGCACAGUCAAAGCACCCUUCCUGGGACUGUGGGACCACACAGACCCAGCCCCCUCCUCCGUCCCAAUACCAGCAGAAGUCAGAACGUGGGCCAGAAGUCACAAGAGAAGCAGUUGUCCUGUGACGUGCUCCUCAAACUUUCCAGAUAUAUUUCAGUGGAUACCUUUGGACCUGGCUUGGCCUGGAACCUCUUUCGGUUGUACAACUGUGACCAUGAUGCCAAGAUGCCCAAAAUGUACGUCAGUCCCCUUAAGAUGGUGCGGCACAAGCUGAGGCCUUUCUUGCUGCACAGGAUGCUGCGGCUGCUGGGGAACAUGGGCGUGCUCACUGAGGGCCAGCAGCACAAGGUCUUCACUCUGCUCAAGGAGCACAUGCUGAAAGCAAGGAAGAUACCACCAAAACCCAAAGCAGAGCACAGGCCGUGCCCGCAGCCCGUCCCGCACCUCGUCCCGUGGCACCCCGGCUCCGACACCCGCCGCCACGCUGUGGUGGGCCGGGGAGCAGCCCUGCGGCUUGAGAGCUCCGCUGCUUUCCACUCCCUCGUCAUCCGCGACGGAGGGAAGGUGGUGUUCGCCGACCGCCCCCACGGGCCGCCCAUCACCCUGCGGGCCCGCUACAUCCUCAUCCGGGACGGCGGGGAGCUGCACGUCGGCUCGGAGCGCUGCCCCUACGCCUCGCGGGCCACCAUCUCGCUGUACGGGAGAGCCGCCGACGGGGUGGCCGUGGACGGCUUCGGGCAGAAGUUCCUGGGCGUGGGGCGCGGCGGGGUGCUGGAGCUUCACGGGCGGCGGCCCCGCUCCUGGAGCCUCCUGGAUAAAACCCUGCACCCCGGAGGGCUCCGCCACGGUCCCUACUCCUCGGAGCGGCGGUGGGGCAGCCGCGGGCUCAACCUGCGCGUUCUGGACGCCGGCACGGGGCGGGUAGCAGCGGCCGGGCGCUUCGAUACCCACCUACGGGCCGCGGAGUGUCAUCGGCUGCGCGACUUCCUGGCACUGCAGCCCGAAGGCAGCGUGGUGGCGGCCGCCGUGGGGGACUCGGCCGCCCGCAGCCUCACGCUGGAGACGCGGCUGCUGCUGCGGGAUCGAUUGCGCAGCCAACACAUCUCCCGGCUGGGCUACAGGCAGCCCUGGGCGCUGGUGGGGAUCCUCGGAGGGGAUCCGCUUUCGACGGUGGAGGAUAAGAGAGAGUAUCACGGGAAUGGGACAACAGGGUUAGCCGUAGCCCAGAGAGAAUUCCUCACCUAUGAUGGCACCCGUUUCACUGUUACUGCUUUCAGUGGAUGGAUAAAAGGAGUGCCUCAUAAUGGGUUUAAAGUGGAGGUGUCCAAAGGAAUAAUUCUCCAUUUAGUGGAUGAUGUUAGAAGUUGGUUACCUGGUGACAGGAUCGUCAUUGCUAGUACGGAUUAUUCCAUGCAUCAGGCUGAGGAGUUCAAUCUCCUUCCUUGCCCUGAAUGUAAAAGCAAUCAAGUGAAAAUUGAUGGCAGCCCACUUUAUCUUCAUAUUGGUGAAGUCAUAGACGGCAUCGAUAUGAGGGCAGAGGUCGGUCUUCUGACUAGAAAUAUACUUAUCCAAGGAGAAAUGGAAGACUCCUGUUAUGGAGAAAAUCAAUGUCAGUUUUUCUCCUUUGACACGUUUGGAGGACACAUUAAAAUUCUAGCAAAUUUUAGCUCUGUGCACAUGUCAGGUGUGGAGUUAAAAAACAUGGGGCAGCAAAUCCUGGGCAGUUACCCUGUGCACUUUCACAUGGCUGCAGAUGUCGAUGAGAGAGGAGGGUAUCAACGCCCGACGUACCUUGAUAACCUGGCUAUUCACCACUGCUUCUCUAGGUGUGUUGCCAUACAUGGGACUCAUGGCCUGCUGGUAAAAGACACCAUUGGCUACGACACUCUGGGGCACUGUUUCUUCCUUGAGGAUGGGACGGAGCAGCGCAAUACGUUCCAGCACAACUUGGGCCUGCUCACCAGGUCGGGAACCAUCUUGCCCUCAGAUCGCAAUGAAGAAAUGUGCCUUGCCAUCAGGAGCCACGUCUAUGGGAAUUACAUUCCGGUGCCAAGCACUGACUGCAUGGCUGUCAGCACUUUCUGGAUUGCAAAUCCAAACAACAACUUAAUAGAGAAUGCAGCUGCCGGUGCUCAGGAUGUCGGGAUCUGGUACAUCUUCCAUCGGGUUCCAACUGGACAGUCUGAAGGGCAAUAUCCAGAAGGACAAGCUGAACAUACCCCCUUGGGAGUCUUUUACAACAACAGAGUCCACUCCAAUUUCAAGGCUGGUUUGUUUAUUGGAAAAGGAGUAAAGACAACAAGAGCCAGCGCUGAAGAUCCCAGAGAGUAUCUCACUGUCGAUAAUGCCAGGUUUCGCCCACAUCAAGAUGCUGAUCCUGAAAAGCCGCGAGUUCCUGCCGUAAUUGAUGGUCUCAUUGCUUUUAAAAAUAAUGACCAUGGGGCCUGGGCCAGGGGCGGUGACAUUAUUUUCCACAACUCUGGGUUUUCAGACAAUGGAAUUGGGCUCACACUGGCAAGUGAUGGGACAUUCCCAACUGAUGAUGGCUCUAGCCUGGAGGUGUCACGCUCCAUUUUUGUUGGAGAAAGCAGCAAUCUGGGCUCCCAAGGAGGCCAGAACAGCUACUGGGGAAAAGGGGCAAACGGAGAAUACAGGACACUGCCCAGAAACAAGACAUUCCCUAUUCGUGGAUUCCAGAUUUAUGACGGGCCUGUCAGGAUGGCAAAAUGCACUUUCAAGAAGUUUACCCCAACUGCUGACCGAUACUCGAGUGCCAUCGGCUUCUUCAUGAAAAACUCCUGGCAGAUAAGCCCCCAGAAUAAUGUGUCACAAAUCCUGAUGGAGAAGAGCGUUGGACUGAAAGUGUUUUUUGGCAGAGCAGGCCAGUGGUUUGGAAAUAAUGAUAAUGAUGGUGACAAAAUGUCUGUCUUCCACGAUCUGGAUGGCUCCGUGACAGGAUAUUCCAACAUUUUUGUAGGCAGAGCAGACAACUACCUGCUCCGUCAUCCCGGCUGUGUCACCGUCCCUCGCUGGAAUGGGGUGAUGUGCACUGGUAGAUAUGCACAGCUUUAUAUUCAGGCCAGGCGCCCUGAGAAUCUGACCUUAUCCAUUGCCAGAGCAGCAUACCACUCCCAUCCCUUGCAGUUGCAAGGCGUGAACAGAGGAGCGCCGUACCAGCAGUACCAGCCAGUCGUCAUGCUGGAGCAGGCUUACAUCAUCCAGUGGGAUGGCAGAGCACCUGAGGAUAUCAUCCUGUACCCAAUCAACUUCAACAGAGGAGACUGGCUGCACGUUGCCCUCUGCUAUCCCAGGAACACCGUCUUCCACGUGGUGAAAGAUAUCUACCAGCGACGGACAGGGAUGGUGCACAGCAUAAAGCAUUACCUCAUGGCUCCUUCCCGUGACAGUGUUCUCAAUGGGACCGGCGAGCAGCUCUUCUACUUUGACAGAGCAUCAGGGUACCUAUUUGUCCACCUGCAAGCCCACGAAGCUCGGCAAGGGCACAGUUACUGCUCCCAGCAAGGCUGUGAACGUAUCAAAAUCAUGGCGCAGAUGUACCCGGGGGGGUCCUGGAGCUGUGCCCCCAACCCCUUUUUGCAGAGGCCAGCUGCCCCGCAGCGCCCCGUGUCCCAGCACCAGGCGGUGCCAUGCAGGGCUUGUGGGGCCCCACAGCUUGCUAUCACCAGCACGCCCUCAGUCAAGUAUGUAAGAAUCCAGAUCCAGUCCCUCAGCAAGGCAGACAUACAGAACCACUUGACAUCUGCAUUCAUUAAGAUAAAUGACACGGCGCUCCUGUUCAAUAGCCCUGGGGUGUUCUUCGUGGUGCUAGAUGCAUGUUCGGGAGCAGUUGUGAGUAGGCGGCACUUUGACACAGUUGCUGAGGAAAAUGUGACCAAUUCAAUAGCUGACUAUGUUCAAACAUUAAUAAAAGAGAGAUCACUUGUUCUUGUGUGCUCUAGAGAUAUUGGAGACAAGGUGUGGAGCUCUGAAAUGUCUGUUUUUACAAGGUUAGGUUCGGCAAAGCCUAUUGUCUUCCACAGAGAAGGGAGUUUUGCUAUGCUUGGCUAUAAAGGACGAGCCAAGCCCUCCUGGAUUAAAGUCCUUAAUCACGCUCGUUAUCAGAAAACUGCUUCUCUACAGCAUUAUGUUCCCUUGAAGAUGAAAGAGUAUCAAUGUUCAGAUAAUGCCUUUUCUCAGAACCACUCAGAGCACAACUCUGCAGGGGCUGCAGCACCCUGUGAUUAGCAUCGUUGGUGUAACCACAGCCAGGCAAGUCCAGCAGCUGUCACCCAACUGCUCUUGUUUUUAUGGGAUUGUAUCAAACCAAUGUUGUUCACUUGUAUAUUUUAUAAUUAAUAAAUAUAUUCUCAUCUUACCUGCUAUGGUAGAGUUUUAUUUUUCAAACAGUGCCCCACAGGGCGGAUAGGAAAAGCCUGUGGACUGCACUUCCCAAGGCUGAGAAGUGUUUGAGGAAUGUCUAUGAUUUGCUGUCAAACGGUAAGUUCUAAAGGCAAAAACCUGUUCUUCAGUGUCAUAGGCAAUGAAAAUGAAACUUGGCGUGGAAACUUUAGCAGCAUCUGGCAGUGAAACAGAUCUUCUGUGGCAUUUUAGGUGAGCUCACAGACAUCUGCUUGCAUCAAUGGGUAAGCAUGUGAUAAUCUUACAAUAAUAUCUUCCAAUCAACCUGAAUAUAUAUGGUGACAACAAGGAAUUAUAAAUGUCUGUCUGUAGCUAAUGACUGGUGAAAUGGUAUUUGCCCACUUGAUGCAAACGUUUAAUUAAACAUGUGCUGUGCAGGGUAAAAUCUGGCAUUCCUCUUUCAAUGACUGUAUUGACUUUCUGCUCCCAUGGAGGGUUGAACUACUGCUGGUAUUAGUAGCUAAGAUUCUUUGCUUUUUGAAAUGAAAGGCAAAGAAAGAGCUAUGUAUGCAAACAGACAAACCGAUGAGUCACUGACUACAAUUUAAGUACAAAAGUAGGUUGAAAUGAUGGGAUUCUCAUUGUGCUUUGAAAGCAGUGUUACCUGGUGACAGCAAGAAAGGGGAGGACAAGUUCAGACUACCACGUCUUUGCCACAGAAUUCUUUACAGGAGUUGGACAAGUUUCCAAACUUGUUCAAAACUGUAAAAAAAAAAAAAAAAAAAAAAAAAGUUGGAUUCUGACAUAGAUAAAUAAGGUAAUUAUGAAGUUCCUUUGUUAUUGUUUACUUGUUUGCUGUUAAACCUACAACUAAAAUCUUGGAUUUCCUUUUUAUGUUCAGAAAUCACAAGCCAAUCAAUGACGUUGUUGGUCUUAAAAUGUGAUAAUUCUCUGUUUUCUAAUACAGCAGAGUAAAAGAAAAUGCACAGGUAGGGCUUGUCGGCUGGCUGCAGCUGUGUUGGAUUACUUUGUUGAUUGGUCACUAUGGUUUUGAGUGAGAAGAUCCUAAUGAGGAAAAGGGUAGCUCAGACAAAAAGGCCAAGGAUUGGUUUAUGUGCAUGGAGAAAAUGUAGAUAAUUUUUUGCGUCAUCCUCUUUUUGCAAACAAGGCAAAACAAUUAAUGGGUGUUGGGGUCCUGAUUAGCAGAGAGAAAUCUAAAAAAGUAGCUUUACUUUUACUGCUCAAGUAUGCAGGUGAGUGUGUAUUUGCUGAUGUUCCUUCAUGUCUAUAAUGGAUGGAUCCAUGGCCAUAGAUAUACGUGUAGCAUCAUAGAUCUUUUCUCAACAGAGAUACAUGGUUUUUUUCCAGCUCUUCUACAAAAAUAUACUGGCCUUUCCCUCACUAUUUAGUGCAAUGGGAGAGUGGUAACCUUGCAUUUCAAGGCUAGCCCUUCUGUCACUUUGGGGCUUAUGGGAGUGUGGGGACCGUGCUUUGCAGCUGAGGUGCCAUCACACACCUCCCCACAAGCCCAGGGCUUGAAGGAAGCAGACAUCUGAAAGAUUUGUGGGCAGAAGAGGAGACUGUGGCUCCAUCUCUAUGCCAGGAAGGAGAAGCAGAAGUUGGGUUCAGCCAGAGGAGAUGUUCUGGCUUGCUAGAAAGCAUGAAGAAGUCAUUGAUGCUGCUCAGGAAAGUAGGCUGGAGCAAACCCCUUGGGGAGCAAUGGGGGCUGAGGCUCCUGGUGGAGACAAGUGGUAUGAGAGCCCAAGCAACUGGCACUGACCCUCCCCAGAGCUCUCUGAAGUCCUUUUGAACUAUUAGUACCUAAUUGUUAUGAUUUCUGAGGCCGUGCAGGGGAAGAAAAGCAAGAGGUUUUUGGCUGUGAGCUUAAGCUCAACAUUGGAACAACUACUUACAGAGUGAGGCUUUACUUUCUUGGAGAUUUAUUUGAUAAUCCCUGACAGGUCCAGAGCCUGGAUCCCAAUAAAACUUUGCAGAGCUCUAACCCCAGCCUGAGACUAAACAACUGGCAAAGGACAAGCCUGGUGAAGGAGAGGAAUGUGCCUAAACUCCUGAGAAAUCUCUCUUCCUCCUCCCACUUCAGAACGAGAGCAAAUGGCAAAUGUCCUGGAGGGGAAGGCGUGGAGCCAUGGUGAGCCAGAUGCAAACAGCAAAGUACCACAAAAGCAAUAAGAAAAAUAUUUACAUCCUGAUGGAGCUAUUUGAAUAGUUAAAAGCGGCUGCUUGAAGAGGAUUCAGGAUGCUGUGAUCCUCAUAAGCUACUGCACACGCUUUCCUUACCCUGAGAGGAUCAAAAGGCUCAAAAGCCAGGGACGGUCCACAGAAGAUGUUCCUCCAUGGACCCUUGGGACAUUCAGGAUGAAGUUUUCAAGGUCUGCUGCUAGCUUGGUGUGUACCAGAAGCCUGUGUGUGUGAAGCUGUAGGGUAAGUGUCGCGUGGCUAUUUUGUUUGUGGAGAGCUGUCAUAUUCCUUCCCAGAACAUCCAGAGCAGGAAAGUCUCCAUCUACAUGCUGGAGUGCAUGUGGACUAUGAGUGCCCUGUAGCUAAUGCAGGCACGUUCGGUACAUCUAAUGCAUUCAGGACAUACGCCUGUCCUGUUAUUUCCAGAGCAUUUUUGCAAUGGGUACACUUUAGCUCCUUCUGAAAGCAUUGUUUUGGCUGUACACCAAGAACUUUACCCAGUAAAGUUAGUGCAUCCUGAGCUUCUGAAGCUGGGGCUCAGCUUCCCACCACCUGGAUGGUUUGAAAACUUCGUGAUAUGGAUGAGGGGUCAGUGAAAUGCUGAGCAAUUUAAAAGGAUGCAAGACUGGAAGUCAGUGAGGCUCUGAAGGGUGGAGCACUGUGAAUUGCAAAUGAUUUUCUUUUAGCU